AUUACGGCGCUUGGAAUCACAGAACUCGGAUUACCUGCUUUACCUGAAUAGUUAUAUUAUUACUUAUUAUUUAAUCCAUCAUCAAAUUAGAAGAACAAUAGAAUAUUCUACUAACAAAACUGGUAUAACAUUUGUGGAACGUUUUAUACUUCGAACCUUCUAUUAUAUAAUAUCAGCCACAUUUCGAGUAGAUAAUAUAACAAAUCCGUAUCAAUUACCUUUAGAAUUCAUAUUUGGUAAGUUUUUAUUAUCUAUAUCAUUUAUUCUUAUCAAUAAGAAUGUAUUUUGUUAAUGUUAAAUAUAUUCGGGUAUUAACAGAACAAAAGGGCGCUAGUACGAUAACAUGAGUGUAUUUCUAUCAAUAUAUAGAUAAAAUGAAAUGUCAAUUACAAUUUCAUCAAUUAAAAUAGAUAAACUAUAUAGAUAUAUAUAUAUAUCUGUUGAAUUUUUUCGCCCUAUUCUAACACAUAUGAAAUAUUUAAAUCAAUUUCAUUUUUAUAUUAGAUAAUAAGAAAAUAUAUCAAACUAAGUGGUAUAAACUACAUUUAUUUAUUAUAUACUGUAUACGCAGAGUUUUUUAUUUAUUAAUAUAAUUCCAAUAGAGCAAGAGGGCAAAAAAGUGCUUCAUUAUAAAUUAUUUAGCAUCUAUAGGUGGUCCUUUAAAGCAAAACUACGUUUCUUUUCUUUAUCAAUUUUUGAAACUGCACAGAAAGAGAGAGAGAGAGAGAUUAAGUGAGUGAAUGAGAAUGAGUGGGAGGAAAGAAGGAAAAGAAAACGAAGGAAAGAUACAGACAUAAAGAAAGAGAGGAGACAGGCAGACACAAAAAAAACAUUAUCCUCUAUUUCCAUUAAAUCUCUUCCCUUAUAUGUUCACUUAAAUUUUAUAGUUUCUUUUAAAGCAACUACGAUAAAAGAAAAAUGUAUAUAAGGCCUAUAAUUUUGAGAGUACGAGGAAAGAGACUAUACCUACACUGUGUAAAUCUAGUGCGAUUAAAUAGUCCUCUUUAAGUGCUAAAGCAUUUAUAUAUAAACUAUCGGACUAGAGUGAAGAGGGAAUGAUAACCGGGAGCUUGUCAUUCUUCAGGUAUAACUUGAUAAAUCGAAGAAAAUGAGCAGAAGAGCAAGUUUAUUAUUAAAAGAAGAGCAAGAGCAGCCAGAAGGUUCGAGUAAAAAUAAGACAGCGAGAGUUCGUUUUCCGGAUGAGUUGGUUUUUCUGGAUAAUAUAAAAGAAAAUGAUGUUCAAGCCAUGGAUAGGAUGUUACGAAGGGCUAGUUUAAAAAUGGAUAUUAAUAGUAUGUCUAGCUCAGGAAUGACGGCUUUACACCAGGCGGUCGUCGAUGGAAAUUUUCAGGCUGUUAGGCUUCUAAUCAGACACGGAGCUGAUGUUAAUAAAACCGAUGAAGGUUGGAUGGGUUUUCCUUUUCAUGGCUAAAUAAAUCCUUGUUUUUCUAGCAUUAUGCAUGUGAAAUAAUCUUGUUAUUAUAGAUACAUGGACACCCCUGCACGCAGCCUGUGCAAAUGGACACGUCGACAUUGCCAGAUUUCUUAUUCAAAAAGGAGCCGAUAAAAACAUUAAGAACGAAGAUGGUGAGAGACCAAUCGAUUUAGUAGAUUCAUCGGAUUUUGCCAUGAUUAAAGUCGUAUUAGAGUGAAUCCAACAUAAAAAACUUAAUAGUCCUUCCUGAAAUAAAAACUGAUUGUUAGUAAUAUAAUUAAAAAAAAAAACUCAAUUAUAUUACAGAAUCUUUCCUCAUUAUAAUAUUAAUUAUUAAAAUUUCUCUGUUAUAAUGCUAGGCACUAGGAAGUUUGUUGUAAAGUCAAAUAAGGACUAGUUUAAAGAAAAUAAUAAAUAAAAAAAAAAAUAAAAAAUCAAUAUUUUUAUAAAUUCAUCAAUUUUCUCUAGGCCUAAUUCCUUAAAAAAUUUACCGACUAAUUAUAGUAGAAAAAGUCUAACGAAAAUUUAUGAUCAAAGAAGAGAGAGACAUGCAAUGUUUAAAAAGGAUAUUUAUCAUCUUUUAUACUCAAUUUUCAAUUGUCAAUUAUUAGUAAGAAAUAAAGUAAAAAUGGACUAGAGCGCUAGAUAACUAAUUAUAUUUCCUCUUUCUUUUCAUUUGUCUGUUCUAUUCACGCAAUAAAUAAGAUGUAAUAGAAAACAAUGAUUAAUAAAAAAAUGAAAGAAAGAAAGGUAGAGGAAGUAUAAAAAAGGAAACAUAAGAAGAAGAAGUAGCAGAAGAAGAAAAGAGAGAAAAAAUCUAUGAUAAAGAAAAGAUAAAAGAGAAAAAAAGAGAAAAAAAAAAUAAAAUUUUACAAAUAUAUAUCAAGCAAUUAAAUAAAAAGAAAACGAAUUGAAAAGAGGGAUAGUACUCGGGGUUUUGAGUUAUGGCUUUUCAUAAAAUUUUAGUCGACGUUGCACAGACUUGUCAAAAAAUAUUUCAUUUGACGUAUAAUAAAAAAAGAAUAGUUUAUUAAUGUGAA